AUGAGAUCAGUUGCUAUGAGGAAACGGUCUAACGGCUUUGAUGAUCUGGGGGGCUGGCCGUCAAUUCCCGAGCGGCCUGGGGAAAGCCUCCUGGAUUGUGUAGUGUUGCAGAUUGUAAGUGCCACGGUCGAUCCCAAGCUUAUGACAUUCCAUAUCCCUGGGAACUCUGGAGAUCCCCGCCUCGCCCCAGAAUUUGAUAAUUGGCUUCAUGUGUUAAACAAAAUCGAAUCCUCCGAUGAUCUAGCCGGUUGGUGGUUCUGGGUUUGGUGGUGGAUUGCAGUUAUCGGCAUGGGUGCGACAGGCCAUGUCUUGCGCGCCUCGGUGUAUUUCAUCUCGACACCCCCUAUAGUCCUCACAUUCCAGUAG